CCCGUGGUAAGUAUUCGACAUCGACGAACAUUCAAGUCUUCAAGACUAGAGUAGAUGAUUUUAUCAACCUGAGAAACCACAUGAUCGACAGUGUGUGUGGCUGGUUGUGGACAGCUCGACUAGUAAAAAAAGAUUAAAGAUGGCUUCUGAGGGGUUCUUCAAAUAUCAGCUUGCAAUAUUUGUGAGCAUGUAUGUGGGCUACAUGACCUACAUGUAUGAUCGGCGCUCAUUCACAUAUGCUUUCCCAGCUCUUAUUGAGGAAGGCUUCGACAAGAGCCAGUUGGGUCUUAUAGUUACGAGUCAAACAACUGCGUAUGCUGUUAGCAAGUUCCUUGGUGGUGUCCUAUCUGACAAGAUAAGUGCCAAGAUACUAUUUGCUUCUGGCCUAUUCGUCAGUGGACUGGUUGUUCUUGUGCUUCCUUUGUGCAAUGAUGUCAUGAUGUUCACUGCACUAUGGUUUAUGUGUGGACUAGCGCAAGGUUGUGGGUGGCCAUCCUGUGCAAAGGUGCUUAGGCAGUGGUGGAACCCAGCACAGUUUGGGACAUGGUGGAGUAUUCUUUCAACCAGCCAAAAUGUGUCAGGCAGCGUGGCACCCCUAGUGGCAGCAUUCCUUAUCACAAAUUUUGGCUGGAGAUACAGUCUCCAACUGCCAGGAGUGAUAUCACUCGGCCUGGCUGCAGUCGCUGUGCUGUUUGUGGUCGACAAGCCUUCUGACGUUGGGCUGGAAAACAUCGUCAAGGAUACAACUCAGAAAUCCAAGAAGGGUGAUGCUGAUACUGUUCAGUCGGAGUCUACUUGGAAAGAUUUACUGAAAAGUCCAUUCCUGUGGCUACUAUGUAUCGGCUAUCUUAUUGUAUAUGCUUCUAAGACUGCUGCAAGUGACUGGGGACAGUUGUAUGUUAUACAAGAACUUGGCGGAAGCCAGUACCUAGGAAGUGCAUUUAUCAGCAGUGUAGAAACUGGAGGUGUUAUUGGCAGCGUCAUUGCUGGUUACCUAACAGAUUGGCUAGUGAGGAGAAAGAAAAGUCGAGGUGACACGAGUGACAGCAGUCCAAGAAUGAUUGGCGUGCUGAUAUUUGUUGGAGUUGUGUUUACACUGUUUCAUGCACUUGUCUACAUUGUGAACAAGGACUCAUCUGAGGUGCUCAUCACAGGUGUGGGCUUCUGCAUUGGAUUAUGUCUGUAUGGAGCUAUUUGCAUAUUUGGAGUUGUGGCCUCAGAGUGUGCACCGACGCAUCUGAGUGGUACUUCACAUGCGUUUGUUGCCCUGGCAGCAAACUUGGGAGGUAUGCUUGCCGGUCUACCGCUGGCAUACGUGGCAAAGCAUUACAAUUGGUCAGGAGUCUUUUUGCUUAUAGAGACUUUGAAUUUGGGAUAUGCUGUUAUUUUGCUUUUCAUGCUAAAUAUCAGCAGCGUUAUGGUACCUCUGAAGAAAAAGCACGAAUGAUCAUUUAAAAUCAGGCCUAGCUGAAUAGGAUUAUUUUUAGUUGUUUUACGGUAGAGAAUGGCAUAAAUAUGUGUUGCUGCAUGUCAGUUGGCUAACCGUUUGCCAACAUACACGUGUACAACAGCACAAAAAGAGCUCUGCAUUGACCCCCCUGACGCCUAAUUAGAAGAGGAUAACGAACCCAGCAAGCAGUACCAACACAGUCUAGUUAUAGUUUCAAUCAAAUAUCUAGUAGUACUUCAUAUUGUCAACAUGCUAUCAAUAAAUGUUUAGCAGUGGCAGACUGGGUUCAACUUGUUAUAUCUAUAUCCCACCAUAGGACCAGUACACUAUAGAAUUCGUUUAAUGUUUUUUUUUAAAUAAUUUGAAAUUUAUUAGAAAACGUUUUAUGAUGGUUUGGGAAAUAAAAUCAUAUCUUUGGAUUCUAAAAUUUAUCUCAUUAUACAAGAUAUUAUUCAUGAUGCAGACAAUCCUUAUAUUAGGUAACUUAUAUCGUUAGGUAACCACAUUUGAAGAAUGGUUUAUCAAGUCAAAACUAAUCAUAGGCAAUAUUAUACUAUAUUGGAUUUCAUAUUUCACAGUGUGGUAACUUAAUUUAUGGUUUGUUUGGAUCAUUGAAUUCUAAACGUCAAGUGAUGAAAUAGUCAGUAUUUUGUUACAUUCAAUAAUACAUUCAAAUGAUGUGAUAUAUUAUUUACCAAUUGUACGUUUCGGUUAUUGCAGCAAUAAGUUUAUCGAGUUAUUAAUGCAGAGUGAUCGAAUCACGGGUUGUUUUCAACAUUGUAUUUUUUGAUGACUGACUAGAAUAAGUGGGUUUGUUGAAGGAUGGCUGAAGUUUUGAAAUGUGCCAACGAGUAUAUGGGCUUUCAUGCACGAAUCCGCUGAAUAAGGCAAUAUAUUUCCAUGUUGUAUCUACAGUUGUAGGACAUGAAAUAUUUAUGUUUUAUAUUACGUCUAGCCAAUGCCGCAUAGUGUGAUUGCAACCGUCUUGAUUUAACAAAUGUAGUGUAUAAAAGCAAAAGCUAUACAACAGCUAAACUAAGCGAAAUUGCUAGACGAUGUCAUAGUGAGCCUCAGACUUAUUUUUGGCAAAUUUAGACGCACAAACAGGAACCAUUUUUUUGUAAUAUCAUCGUCGCGAUGUUAUAUCAUCAGGAGUGUAUAAUAUAGACUCCUUAUAUAGAUUCUAUAUAUAUAUAUAGAUGUAUAUCGAUUCUAUAGAUAUAUAGGUUAUAUAGAUUAUAUAGAGUCUAUAUUAUACACUCGUCAUGUCAUCGACAUGCCGCCGGCUAGGGUAAUGGAAACUAGAUGUGUACUAUCUGAAUCCACUAGCCUGCAAAAAUCUUUUUAUGAUGCCCUUGAAACACGUACGCGCAUGAAACCCACUUGCACGUUUCAAAUCGAUCCGAGUGUUGUCGAUUUGCUAAGAGCAUUCUUUUUGUAUGUCUAUAAUUUCAUAACGAAGCAGACUUGACACUGUCACAGAGGCAGUGAUAUGGAUAAGACUGUUUAUGGUUUUUUUUUUACUUGCGAUGUUGUUGCAGAACUGUUAACUGAUAAGUGUCACUACCACGUCUAAAAUUUACUUUCGCUGUACCGAAAUAAAGUGUACUUAUUAGAAGCAGCGAA